AUGUCGAAAGUGGAUAAGUAUUGGGACCAGAUAGAUGUCAAGUCGAGAGACCAUAUCUAUGGAAAUGAAUUGCCUAAACUGAUUAAUUCUGUCAAGGGGAAGGAUAUACUUUUGAAUGACACGAAAUUGAAUGUGAUUAAACAAUUUGCUAAUGAUAAACCGUUCCAUAAGAUUUACAAAUUGGUACUGGAUCAAUUUUUGGAUGAUUUGAUCGGCGUUACUUUCACUCAAUUGGUAGCUACGGACAAGAAUGAUGAUAUGAAGGAGAAAGAGCAAGAAAUCUUGAGAUUAAAUGAAAAGAUCAAUUAUUACAAAGAAAAAUUCGAAAUUAUUGAAAAGGAGUUUAAAUUUUAUAAAGAGACUGUAGAGAAACGAUCUAGAGACGGAAGCAGCAGUGAUGUAGAUAAUGAAUUUAUUAUAAUCGAAUGUCGAAAACAAUUAGCAGAACAAUCAAAAUUGAUUGCAAAUUUGCAGAAAUACGUAAACAAUAAUAACAACCAUGCCACUCGCAACAGUGGCAUCAAACAAACGAAAGAAUCUAUAUUGAAUCCUAACAUAAAAUCGUUCAUUAUACUAUGUGGCAUAACCCUGAUACUGGUUGUUAUCUUGCUAUAUUAUGUAUUUACAGCCAUAACUUGGUCGAAUAUUGAUGGUACGAGUUUCAUAAGCAGAAUUGUUUGGAAUGUGCAUGAUUUCUCAACAUCAAACAACUACAAGAUGUCAGAACAAGACAUAGAAGCCUACAACAAGAUAUUUGGCAUAUAA